AUGUUGAGAUUUGCUUCUACUCGUACAGCAUGUUUGGCAAGAUUGUCAAGAGCUACCAAGCUCGCCACUUCCAGGCAAUUUCACGCUCAGAGUACCUUGCUUGAUGCCCAGGUGUUCAAGAUGCCAGCAAUGUCCCCCACAAUGGAAGAGGGAGGAAUUGUCGGUUGGAAAGUCGAGCCAGGACAGGAGUUUUCUGCUGGUGAUGUCUUGCUCGAAGUCGAAACUGAUAAAGCCACUAUCGAUGUAGAGGCUCAGGAUGACGGAAUUAUGUGGGAGAUUUUAAAGAAGGAUGGUGCCAAUGGGAUCGCUGUUGGUGAGCCCAUUGCUUUGCUAGCUGAGCACGGCGACGACUUGUCGUCUUUGGAAAGGCCAAACUUGGAGCAGGAGGCUGCAGCUCCAAAGAGAGAACAACCUAAACAGGAGAAACCUAAGGAAGAAACAAAUUCAGAUAGCACACCCCAGGUGGUGGUGGCCCAAAAAAGUGAGCCCAGCGCAAAACCUGAAACACCAUCAAAUUCUAGUUCAGAUUCAGUAUUUGUGAGUGCAAACCCUCUGCAAAAGCUCACUCCUGCCGUCGAAUUAUUGCUUCACACGAAGGGUAUAUCAGUGGAGGAAGCACUUCAAAAGAUUCCAGCAUCUGGUCCUAAGGGCAGGCUUUUGAAAGGCGAUGUAUUGGCAUACUUGGGUGACAUCUCUAAGAGCGCAGUUGAAAGAGUUGCUACAUACUUCAAGAGCAAGGAGCACUUGGAUUUGUCCAAUAUCAAGAUUGCUAAGCCGAAGGAAGAACCAGCCAGCGCUCAAGAAACAAAGAAAGUGGAGCCUCCUAAACCAGCAAACAUCCUUAGCAUAGGGUUUACGUCCGAAUUGGGCGACAAUAUAUCUGAGUUCAAAUUUCAGCACGCAUUUGAAAAAGCAUUGCAUACGGCCAUCACACAGACCUAUGGUCACAGAUUCCCAGAGUAUUCAAGGAGUCCAAGUGCUUCAGGAGUUGAUUUGGAAGAGAUUUUUGACGAUCUUCUCGUUGCCCCUCCCACCAAGCAAAGAUUUGAAGUUUCUGAUGUCCAGUUUAAGUUUAUCAAGCCUGCGUCUUCUAGACAUGCCAGUGCACCGUUGGAUGCCUUUGAUGAACUCUUGGGUAUCGAAUCUCCCACGCCAAUUGUGCAUGAAGUCGAUAGCCCAGUCACUGCCGAUGUCAAAUUCAAGGUCAAAUUUGAUGAGAAAUUGAUCGACUCCAAAGAGUUUGUGGAGGACUUCCAAGAGAACCUACUCAGUCAGAUUCCAACAAAGCAGCUUAUCAUCACUCAAGUCUAA